AUGUCCCCGUUAUUCAUGGACACCGGCUACGACACCAACAGUCCCAGCUCCAUGUCAGCUGAGGAGAACCACAGCAACAACGCUGGUUCGGUAAGUGCAACCUGCACACCACCUUUAAUCAACUGAUCAAAUAACUAAGCAGGCAAAAACACAGUAACUACCAGUAAACACAGCCUGUGGAUGUUUUAUUGCUCUCCCACAGAAGAAAAGUAAAACUUGGUCAAAUUUUCACUUUUGUUUUUACAGCUAAAAAUAUCACAUGAUAUCUCGUAAUCAAUAUUUUUAUGGGAAUAAAUAAGGAAAAUUCAACAAUACGGAUAUGGUCUUGACCUGAUCUCUAAAUUUCAUGUUCACAUUUUGAAAGUUUUUAAUUUUAUUUGAGAACUUAAAUUAUUGGCUAAUAUUAUUAAAAUAAUCAAAUCCCACAGUUCAACAUUGGUCAGUUCAUCUCAGUGUCAGUGACAUUUUGCAAGUCAUUCAAUCUCUUUCCCCUUUUCGUCUCUACCACCCUAAACUAUCAUGUCAAAUGUCAUAAAAUGCCAAAAAAAAUAGGAAUAGAUAAUCACCUUUGGAUUCAACUUUGCUCAAAGAUGCUUCACUAAAUGGUAGGUAACUACACAAGUAUUACCUCUUACUUCACAAUAAUAGUAUGCUGGUGUAAUGCUGUAGUUAUAAAACAUGGACUGUCAUUGGUCAUUAGUCUGGGUCCAUAAUUUCUGCUUCAGCACAAUUUUUUUUAAUAGAUGAUAAAGCACUUCCCAACAUCUUCCAAAAAGUAAAUACUUGUAAAUGCUCUUCUGCUUGAUUUUUUAGCUCAAAGAAUGUACUUUGAAAAGUAGCAUGCAGCUAUUUAUUAGAUGUUGCUUUGGAUUGAGGUAUUUGUAAUGCCAUCAUAUAUUUAGGGGGAAAGUACUCAAUAGGGACAAAUGUAUUGUGUGUUUUGUACUGUUAAGAGUUUAUUUGAUUUAUUCAAGGUAAACACUGAUAGACCUUGUGGGGAGGCUGAAAUGACAACUUUGUAGCUCAUCAAACUAGGUUUUUAACUUGACACUGACUUUGGUCCUAAUUUUAAUAUCAUGCACUAAUACACAACAACUUCCUGCCAUGAUAGACUGACCACAUGUAAUUUCAUGUGAUAGGUUUGUCUCAUGACCCCUGUGAGCUUUCAAAGAUAUCAGUGCAAAGCCAUCAUAUGUUUUCAUCAUAAAUGAUUGGGGUCAACUUUGUCUGUUCUAUCUGUACAGGAGAAAGAAGGAGAAGAACAUCAGGUAGGAAACAGAGGGACAAAAAGACAGGAAAAGAACAGAGAUGCUGCCAGGAAGAGCCGCAAAAAGCAAACAGAGAGAGCAGACGAACUUCAUGAGGUUUGAAACAUUCAAUCCUUGUUUUCAUUCUCUCUUUUGCUGUCUCCUUUCUUACAACCUUACCCUGUGACACACACAUUUACACACAGGCUGUGUGACUUGCUGCGCGUGUGUGUGUCUUGAGUAAUCUGAAGCAAGCUCAAAGCGGUUUCUUGUAAAUACUCAGUCUUAGGGGAAAGGCUUACCCUCCCACUGCCCUCCUCAUUGGCCCAUCCUUUCACACACACACGCCUCUGUUUUUCCAACAGUAUGUGUGUGCAGGUUUUUUUUCCCUCAGGGUCAAAUUCCACAGGUGGUGCUCCACAGAGACACACAGUCAUACAUAUAACAAACUUUCAGAAGCACAAAUUCAGAUUUUACAUGUGAUUAAAUUUCUGACUCAGAAACUCUGUAAUGUGAAUCUUCAAAUUAAUAAAAUUCUUUUUAAAAUUUAAUACAUAACAUUACUUAUGUCCUCCUGAAACACUGUCAUGUAUAUGUUUUUAUAAUGAGAAACUCCAGGUUUGUAAGGUGCAAAGAAGAAUUUCUUUAAAGAAUAUAAAACAGUGCACCAUUUUGACACUUACAACAGCUGUAGAGAAGCAUCAAUAAAUGAAUUCUGAAUUAUUUUAAUAUUUUAAAAAGUUUCAGUCUCUGUCCAUAGCUGUAGCUUGGUAAUUCAGUCUAGUUUCUGCAUAAUCCUCCAUAAAAACGAAUAGUGCAGAUAUGUAGUUGGAAUGGUGUUGUAUGUAGUUUUAGCACUAGAUUAAAGUUUGAUCAGUCUGCACUGGCCAUGUAUGUAUAUAUGUAUAAAGCAUGUAUAGAAAUGUAGGUCAUGUAGAAACGCAGUGCCAAAAUUAAUGCUGUUUUGGGCCAAAGUAAAGCAGUGAAAAUACUCAAAGACAAAUAUUUAUGUAUUUAAUGUAGGACUUUUUGAAACAGCUAAAGUACAUUGAACAGGCUAGAGAGGUGUGCUGACUGUGAUUUACUUAUGUAGUACUAUUCUUUCAGUUGAAGUGUCUCAUCUGUUACUUCAAUAACCCAAAAUAUCCAUGAAAAAUAAACUUACAAAAUACUUCUAGACCUGAAGACUUGAAAGUUAAUAAAAGUGUAACCCCAACUCAGAUGGAGUAUUGUAGUAAUCUUUUCAUCCAACACUUGGCAAGAAGAUGAACACCUUUGUUUGCAGAGAUGUCAGACUAAUUAUCCAAUUUAUCCUAUAUCGUGAAAUGGAUGCAAUUUAGUUUUUCACAUUUUUUAAUUUUUAUGUUGCUUCAAGUUAAACCAGUGUAGAGAUACUUAGGUUUACAAGCUAUUUUAAGGUGCUCUAUUGCAACACAUUGUUCCUUAGAAGAUUGCAGGAGGCAAACCAGCACUUCUAACAUGCAGGAGGUGUAAAGUAGCCAGUUUGAGUUGAAUUAGGUCUUCACUUGAUAUUGAUUGCCAUUAUAAUUUCUAAAUGGAUAAUACUGCGGCAGCUCAACAAGUACUCUAACUAUGAGUUGUGUCGUCAAAUUUGUGUUUUUUUUUCCCUAAUAGGGAAACAGCGUCUAACAUCCAAUUUAUCAUGGGGAGGGGGGUUCACUUGGGGGAGGAAAUAUAGAAAGCCAGGGGCCUUAUUUGAAGGGCAACCAGUGGAUUCUUGUUUGGGGCACCUUGAACUUUCGAAAAAUGCUGUUUGCACACUUUUCCUUAAAAAUGCCUACUAGGUUACAUGAUUCUCAUGAAAGAACAUAAAGAUAUUUUUUUACUGCCCAGAAAGCAUACAGUGUUGCUUUCAUUCUGACACCCCAAAUCUGCAAUGUAAUAAAAAGAAAAGAACGUAAAGGUUGAAGACAAGUUGGAUGAGUGUAUUUUUACUUCCUUUGUAAAUUGUGGGUGUGUGCCUCUGUGGAAGAUGCCUCAACUUUCAUUUUUAUUUCUUCCUCUCUUUCUGUUCUGUUCCUCCUUAACUGUAAUUUUGAAGAAACUUUAUUGCCACAAACUGGUUUGGUUUACUGAAGAUACAGGCAGUGUCAGCAGUUUAUGUUUCAACAUAUGUAAAACAUAACUGCAAAGAAAUUGUGCUGUGACUCCAACUCCGUGACCCUCUUGACUUUAUAGGGCAGAAUACUAACAGGGAAUCACUACGCCUAUUCAAAUAUGUUCUUUAGGUAAUUUGUAAUCUGGAUUGUACAUGAAAACUAAUUCUGGAUUCUCAGGAUUCACUUCUAUGGUACCAAUUUGUUGUACAUUUGUGGUCCAACCAGAGUAGACCAUAAGCGGGCUUGCAUGAACAGAAAGCACUCUCUAUGGAUAGUAGAUCAGAUAGCAGAUGACAAUCCUAAUUUUUUAUUUAUCCCCAUAAACAGAUAUCUACAUGCAAGUGCAGCUGGAAUUGGUUCGAGAUCAAGUAUUUCUACUUUAGUUACAUACCCACUGAGCAUUUUUUGUCAAAUAGAGAUUUUAUAGAUGUCUAAAUGUAGUCUAGAUGACUGGUCUAAAAUCAGGCUACUACAGGUCUAAAAAUGAAACUUUUUAGACGUCUACAUUUAGACCAAGUUCAGAUCAAGUCUAAGUCUGGGCUAUAUCUAUACUUCUCUGUAUAUUGCUAAAUGGCUAUCAUAAUUAUUUUGGUUAAGUACUUGGAGAUCAGUUUUAUGCAACUCACAGUUGCUUUUUGAAAUAAAUAGUUAUCGAAUAACGGGUUAAAGUGCAACAUCUAAAUUCUAUCUAAAAAUAUACAUAGUCUAGAUGGUUGAAAUUAGGUCUAAAAAAAAAACUAGACGUCUAAUAGCCGUCCAUUGCUCAGUGGGUAUCAGACUGACUGUUAAGCCAGUUAGUGUUUACAUUUACUAAAGCCUUAGGAUACAUCAGCAAUGAUCGAUCAACCUCCUUUUAGACAAGAGAGCAUUACAAGUGUUUACACUAAAUUAGAUUAGAUGAGAUAGAACUUUAUUGAUUCUUCCGGGAAGUAUCCUUUGUUAAGAGAAAUUAAAAAGUAAAUAUCCGUAUUAAUGAGUCUAAAACACUAUACCACUUGUUCAUACCACUAUUGUAUGAACAAGUGAAACCACUGUGCAGCUGUUUAUUUACAGCCAAACUAAGACCAGGAAAAUCUAAUACUCCAAGAAAUGCCUGCAUUUAUUUUUGCAGACAAAUCUGACGGGGGAAAUGUUUCUGUGUUUUCGAUCUGAGCGUACAGUUGAUUGAAAAGUUGUCCUUCCUUGAGGCAUCUAUCACUGCCAGAUUACAACUGAUGAGCUCUGAUAUUGGAUCAUUGUGUGCAGCAUAACAAACAUGAUUUCUAGCUGUCAUGGAGAACAGCUGUUUCCCGUCUGCACUUGUAUUUAAAUAGAUCAUAAAGACAGGAGUUAAGUUGAUCAUUACAAGAUAACUGUUCUUACAAGUUUUAGUAACACAAAUUUAUAAAUUCACAGCUAAAUGUAGAUUCAACUCUGCAGUAUUCAGCCUUCUCUGUCAGUCAGGAUCCACCUUUUUUCGCUCUCUACCACCUACCCUCUGUAUUCAUGCUGAACUUGCAGAACUGUCACCACCAGCGCAGUAUUUCAGUCCUCCUAUGAGAUUUUGACUCACGCUGCUCAUCAUCCACUCUGUUGCUGUUGUGAUUUCUUUUACAGCUCUCAAGAAGAGUUUUGAAGGAGAGCGCCAUUAGAACUGCUUGGCUUUUGUGUUUUAUUAAAGCACAAGCUCAGGCCUGGUGUUGAUAUAUGUCUUUAAUCAGUUUUUAUGGCUCAAGAUGGACACUCUUUGGGAUAAUAAAGUAAACCUGACUCAGCUCAUCAUUAGCUAUCUGUCAUACCUGACCUUCUUUUUUCUCUGUCUUACCCUCCACUACUUUUCUCCCCCCGCAGGAGCUGCAGAGUUUGGAGCAAUCAAAUUCAGCCCUUCAUAAGGAGAUUGCCUCACUGAAGAAAGAUCUCCACAUGUAUACGAUGGCUCUGAAGCACCACAAGCCUUUCUGUACCCUCAAAGCCUCUUCAUGUAGCUCAACAACUGACCUCUCAAUUUCCCCUUCAACUGACCGUCAGACGGGCUCCAGCUCUCUUAAGGCCUCAAGCUCCUCUCAAGCCUCUGCCCCCUCACUCUCUACCUCCUUAACCCCCAAUCUUAAUCUACAAACCCAUGGCUGCUUAGAAAGGUCCCAUCUUUCACCCCAAAGCACGGUCUGCUCCGCUCCUGUCUCCACAUCUGUGCAACACUCAAUCCACGAGAGUUCAACCAGUUGUUUCUCCACACAGCCUCCUUAUGCUCUGGAUACCUCCCAAACAAAACAAGCCUCUUUUCAAUCUCUCAUAUCAAAUGCAGUCCCCCCCUACUCCCCUAUAGUGUCAGGAAACACAGGUCAAACAUCACUAGGUUGUCCCGUGAAUUUACCACAGCUCAACCAAGGUAACUUCAUGAGAAAUCCAACUCCUCAAGAUCCUGCUUCUCAGUCCCUCUCGGUUUCCCCUCGGGUAAACCUGGAGCUGUCUGCAGCUUUUACCAUAAAGCCAAGUUACAGUCAGCAUAUGACACCAAAUCCUUCACCCCGUCUUUCCCAGCUCACUGUCCCAAGUCCCCCAAAUGUACCUCAGAGUAACUCUAGCAGCCUUGAAGGACUGCUCUCCCAGCCCUCGCUCCCUCUUCAGACUUCAGGGGAUUUGUCACUUUCUGAGCUCCUAGAGAUCAACGAUUGGAUACUACAGUGA